AUUGAGAUUGGCAUGAUGGAAGAUGUUACUAUCACUCAUUGCAAGGAUCCUGAACAUUUCCAUGCCCAGCUGGUCUCCUCACAGGAGGAGCUGUUCCAAUUGAUGGAUGAUAUAGAAGCUUACUGCUCUGCUUUGAGUCCAGGCGAGGGCAUGAUGACUGCUUUUGGUAUUGGGUUACCCUGUCUAGCCAAGUAUAGUGUGGACAAUGGCUGGUAUAGAGCCCAAAUUGUUGCCGGUGGACCAAAUAACACUAUUGAGAUAGAAUUUGUGGAUUAUGGAAAUGGAGAAGUUGUUCCCAAAGAAGAUCUUCGAAUGAUAACAAAAGAAUUCCUCGAGCUGCCAAUCCAAAGCAUCUAUUGUAGUCUCAAUGAUGUGAAAUCCUAUGACGAUGAAUGGCCUCAAAGUGAGAUCAAACUUUUUCAGGAAACUUUUAUGGAUUCGGGUUUGACAUACAAAGCCCUGUUUGAUUCCAGAAAUGAGAUUGAAGAGAUAUACAGAGUUGAACUUUUUCAAGAGUCUGAUGGCUCCAACAUGAAUGAAGUGUUUGGUGGUCAGACCAAAAGACUCCCUAAGAAUCGACCACAUAUUGCCAUGCCUGCAAUUCAACCUUUCCCAUCCCCUGGUAAACUCUCCACAGCCAGGUCAAAGGCUCAGCAGACUCAACAGAGUAAACCUGUUGGCACAUCAGCUGUAAGGUCUCAAGAAGCACCCAGGAUGCCCACUAGUGCUCCUAGAGAACCCCCACCACCUGCCUCCGGAAGUAAUUCCCAAUGGCAGACAUGGCAGGAAUCAACUCAUGAGACAAUGGGGAGGGAACCACCCUCUGAACCUGCUGGUCGUUUCUCACAGCAUGAUCUAAGAGAGGGAGGCAGCGAACCAAGACGUGCUAGGUCAAGCACACCUUUAGAAACUGGGAACAUCAAACUACAAGCAGUAUCUGUUGCAUGUGGAAAGUUUUUGGACCUUAGCGUGGUGUACAUUGAUACCCCCAACUCAUUCUACUGUCAGUUGACGGAGAAUGCUCAGCAGAUAGAUGUGAUGUUAGAGGAACUGCAUGCUGAGUACGAGGCCAUGAGCUACCUUCAGCACAGUAUAGACAGGCCAACAGUAAACAUGAUAUGUUGUGCUAAAUACACACAAGAUGGUACUUGGUACAGGGCAAGUAUCACUGCAGCCAGCUCGAAGGAAGUCGAGGUCUUCUUUGUUGAUUAUGGAAACACAGACACUGUCCCAUAUGACAAUAUUAAACAACUUCUACCAAAGUAUGCCAAGCUCCAAAUGCAAGCUCUUAAGUGCAGUCUCAACAAUGUAAAGCCCAUUGGCCAGAAUUGGACAGAUGUAGAAAUUAAAGCAUUUGAAGAUCUUGUGAAUGAAAAAAGCUUAGUGGGUUCUGUCAUAUCUAAAAGCCCAAAUGGUGAUCUCCAGAUUGAGUUACUAGAUAGUACAGGAUCAAAUGAUAUCAUAAUCAACAAGGAGCUUGUUUUGAUGGGUAAAGCAAUGGCUAUCAACACACCCCCACCUUCUGUUAGAUCUGGCUCUGCUAGAGGCGCAUCUGCCAGAUCGAAUUCUGUGGCCAGUGUCUCAUCUGUAUCAUCAGGCAGUGGCUCUAAGGCAUCAGGUCGACAAGCACCCGUAGUUGCUCCACCAGCUCCACUUGGUAGCAAUAAAGCAUCAACCAACGCCAAGUUUAAAAACAUAGAUGUCCCUGAAGGUUCCACUAAAAAGAUAGCCAUCACAUGGACUAACAAUCCUCAUGAUUUCUACUGCCAAUUGUUUGACAAUGAACAUGUAAUCAAUAGUGUAAUGGGAAAAGUUCACAAAACAUAUGCUAAAAUGGGCUUUGAGGAGAACACAUUGAUGAACUCUGAGCCAGGUAUGGCCUGCAUAACUAAAUACUUCCAAGAUGAGGCCUGGUAUAGAGCUACAAUUUUGGAUAAGACAUAUAACAAAGAAGCAAAAGUCUUGUUCAUUGAUUAUGGUAACUCUGAAAAGGUACAUGUAUCUAUACUCAAAGAAGUUCAACCAGAGUUCUUAGAUGUACCUGCUCAGGCAAUUAAGUGUAAACUUCACGGUGUAGAACCAGUAGGUGCAAAAUGGGGAGCAGAUGCUAAAGGUGCAUUUGAGAAAGCAGCAGCCCAGUCUUCAAUAUGUACAUUUAUGAAGAAGGAAGGUGAUACAUACAUCGUUGAGCUGAAGGGUUACAGAAAGAUGGAUGUAGCUGAAGCAUUGAUUGAGAGAGGAAUCGCUCGGUCUUCUGGAGGAGAUGAUGGUUUUACUCCUGGGUUCGGAGCUGGAAGAGGAGGUAUGGGAGGUGGGGACCGACGAGGGUCCUCUAGUGAUGGUAGAGCUUCAAGGGAUAAGACUCCAGUUGGAGGCUAUGGUAGCGGAGCUGGAUUCGGUGGUGGUGCUGGAUUUGGAAGUGGAGCCAAAGGUGGAUUUAGUGCCUCAAGAGGUGGAGCAGGGGAUGCCCAGGGAGGAUUUGGAGGCAGUCAAUCUGUAGUCAGCAAGUCAGCGCCCAUUAAUGAAUGGGAAGCCCCCUCAGCCUCUGUCACACCAACUCAGACAGGGACAUUCACCAACAUUGAUGCAAAGAAAUUUGAGAACAAAACUAUACUUCUUACAGUUACAUCUAUUGAGUCCCCUGAUGACUUCUAUUGUCAGAUGAAUGAUCACUUUACUUCAAUUGACAAUAUGAUGGCCAAGCUGGAUGAGUAUUACAAAGGUCAAGGCCAAAGUGAAGAUUCUGCAAGCUGUAAUAAAGUUGGUGCAACAUGUGCUGCUAAGUUCAGUGAAGAUCAGGCGUAUUAUAGAGCUAAAGUGAUACAAUGUCUUCCCAAUAGGCAAGUUAAGGUUCUGUUUGUGGAUUAUGGAAAUAGUGAAACUGUCUCAUUAACAGACACAAAGCCUCUCACUCAAGCAUUUACCAAGCUUCCAAUCCAAGCCCUCCAGUGUUCAUUAUCUGAUCAAGUUACCACAUAUCCCCAAGUAGCCAUAGACAAGUUUGAACAGCUUGCUGGUGGAGCCGAGUUCUCUGCAACUAUUCUAAGUGUACAAGGGAGUAAAGUGUAUGUGCAGUUAAAUGAAGGUGCUAAAGACAUCAAUGAAGAAAUCCUUAAUCUAGUCCCAGGUGAAUCUAAAACAAAAAGCAAGUCAGCAGUCAAAAGUCAAAUAGCAAAGUUCCCACCAGUUAGUGUCAAAGUAGGAGACAUUGCGGAUGUAUAUGUAACUCAUGUUGAGUCACCAUCAUUGAUGUUUAUACAACUAGCUACAAUAGAGGACACAUUGAAUAGUGUAAUGGAAGAGCUUGAAACCAAAUAUAUGAACCUUGGACCAGAAGACGAAGCACUUGACAAUGUAGAGAUUGGUCAAGCAUGUGCUGCAUUGUAUUCUUCAGAUGGAGCCUGGUACAGAGCCAAGGUGACUAAAGUAUCUGGCAGUAAGGCAACUGUCUGCUUCGUUGAUUAUGGUAACAGUGAGGAAGUGGCAAAGGAUAGCUUAAAGUGUUUGGAGGGAAAUUUAUUGACCACUCCGCCAUGUGCUAUACCAUGCAAUCUUCAGACCAGUGAGCCUCAAGGUGUUUGGGGUACAGACAUAUGCACUAAACUGCAAGAUAUGCUGCCAGCUGAGAAAUUACUGAAUUAUAAAGUUCUGUGUGUAGGUGAGGUAAACACCAUUCAGCUCAAUGAGGGGAGUCUUGAUAUUGUGGAAAUGCUUGGAUUAACAUCUAAAGUUGAAGAGGUAAGGUCAACAAGUGUCCCUUCCAGACCUAGCCCAGAAGCUGUACUGUCCUACCCUACUCUUCAAAUCAAAAAUGGUACCAAAGAAUUGUGCUAUGUUAGUUUUGGACUUGGACCUGACGAUUUUGUCGUUCAGCUCUCUAGGGAUACAAAUGCAC